AUGUCGUCCGUCCCGCCACCAGCUGUUGCCUCAAACAAAUCAGUCAGUACAACAGGACAGCAGUCGCCAGCCCAGUCGCAAGUCAGCUCGUCCUCAGCGGGCGACAGCUACGGCCAGCGGCGAAGCGGGGCUUCUGGCAGCUUCGGGGCGGGGGCUUCUUCGCGAGCUUCGUCCACGCCGCGCAACAACCAGGCUUCGAAGAAGCAGCACAAGCAGUCGAAGCGCUUCAGGCUCGCGGAUGAGGAUGCUUUUGCGGAAUCCGCCGCCAUGCAGUCCAUAAACAGCCGUAAAGGGCAGACAUCAAUUACCCACCUGAUGAACUUUGCCCUACCUCCACGCCCUCAGUAUCAUUCUCAGCAUCAGCGAUUUAACAGCUAUGGCCGCAACACACGGAGGCCGCCGACAUGGGGUCUGGGCUCGGGUUACCACGCGAGUGACAAGGCCAGAUACGUUCACGCGAACUAUCGCUUCAUUGUCGAUCCGAGGGCCGACUACCACGCCCAGCGCGCUGAUGCCGACGUGCAUCUGGAUUGGAACAAUGUUCUUCAAAUCCUGGCAUCAUCCCUAUCGCAAGCCGCCGCGUGUCCUAUUUGCUUAGGCACACCGGUGGCUCCAAGGAUGGCCAGGUGCGGCCACAUCUUCUGCCUGCCAUGCCUCAUUCGCUAUAUGCACUCGGACGACGAAGCCAGCCACCUUCACGAAAGACGAGCGAGAUCGAAGAAGUGCCCUAUCUGUUACGAUACUAUUUAUGUUUCGGAAACUCGACCGGUUCGAUGGUACAUCGGGCAAGAAGGCGAGCCUCCUAGAGAAGGGAGUGAUGUAGUCCUCAGGCUAGUCAAGCGCUCAUCCGGCAGUACGAUCGCUCUGCCGCGAGAUAGCGCCGAUGUUCUGGACAACGGAGAAGACGUUCCCUGGUAUUUGGCUGCCGACGUGAUGGACUAUGCAAGAGUUAUGAGAGGCAGCGAGGAGUACAUGGUUGAGCAGUUCGAUGAGGAGAUCCAGGAGCUUGAGAGGCAAGGACAAGAAGACGAGGUCAUGUUCGGGGAAGACAGCGCGGAGUGGACAAGAAAGGCUGUAAAGCUGAUCCGCGAGACCAAAGACAAGGUCAAAGGCAUUGGCAAUCCGCCGACGGCGCCGACGGCGCCGGCUGAGGAGAAGCCAAAGCGAGCUCCAAUCGAGUACUUUGAGGCGAAUGGCGCUGUACCCAACAUGUACACGAUUCAGCACGCUGCGAAGUCUGGUCAAAGCCUCAGCGAGGGCUCGACAACACCUGCAACUCAGGAGCCCUCCACGGUGUCAACAGAACAAACGGCCCCGCCGCCCGAGUACUACUUCUACCAAGCAUUGCUGCAUUACUAUCUCUCGCCUCUCGACAUCCGCAUUCUUAAAGCCGCCUUCGGUAGCUUUUCCGCUUUCCCCUCCAACAUAUUGACAAGAGUCGAGCGCGUAUCAACCGGCCAUAUUGUCGACGACGAUCUACGCAAGCGCACGAAAUACCUCGGCCACCUUCCGUACGGCUGCGAAGUGGGCUUCCUGGAAUGCGACUGGGAAGACACCAUCGCCCCCGAGGUACUGGAGAAAUUCAAGCCCGAGAUCGAGCGGCGCAGGAAGAAGAACGAAGACAAGGAGGCAAGAGAGGAGAAGGCGCGCCUCAAGGCAGAAAAGGACGAGGACGAGAAACGCUGGGCUGCGGCGAGGCGGAAGCGACCGAGUAUCUCCACGACUAGGUUCACCGCCGAGGACUUCCGACCCCUAGUGUCGGCUGAGGUUGCCGACAGCGCUGCAUCGAUAGACGCGGACAGCACUUCAACCUCACCUCCAUGGCCAACACGUCGCGAGGGUUCCUCCUUCGCGUCUCUCGCUUCGCCAUCGACGAGUCCGUCCGCGCCUCGCACGGUCUGGGGGACUGCAAUCGUGCCGGCAUCGUCGCCAAUCAUCCAAGCACAAGAGCCUCGUCCAGUACCAUCUGAUGACGGCUGGCUACAAGGCUGGGAGAAGGAUCUCCUACACGAGGACGAUGAGAUGGUAGCGCAGGCUCAGGCGUUGUCGCUUGCCGGCGAGGGCUCGAAGGCGGGAGCUGCCUCUGGGGGGAAGAAGAAAAAGGGAAAGAAGAUUACCCUGAUGAGCACGGGUGUGAGGAGGGGUGCAUGA